AUGAAGGAGGCUGCCCCUCGACAAAGGCUCUUCACCAAAAGAACCCACGACCGCUUGAACCCAACAUCAUCCCUGUACGACAAUCACUAUGGGCAAUUUUUGGGCGUGGACAAGGCAUCGAAAAGAAGCAGAAGCGAUCGCUCAGGAUCGUCAACUUCCAUAUUCGAGGUUGACUCCACUAGCGUGGAAGUCGACCAGGAUUCGCAUUCCAUGGACACCUCUCCCAACUACCAAGCCGGAAGCCCCAUUGCAGAGAGCUCCCUCGAACGCAAAGACACGUCUGACAAAUAUGAUACAUGUUUGGGGAUGAUCGAAGUUGGGGAGUGCACGGCGUCCCUUCAAGAUCGUAAAAAGAAAGCACGCCACACAGAGGUGACCUUUCAGGUACAGGGGCGUAUUGUGCUUUUGCGUCAACGCGAGACCAACAAGCUCGUUGGGCUUAUCCCGGAGAAGGCGACGAUGCUGUUCACUGAAAUGCCUGAGCGGUACAAUGUUACACCUUGUGUCUCAAUUGGAGCUGACUGCACGCUGAGGGUAGUGAUAUAUAGUCAUCGUGACGACGCUGAAGCCAUCGGUGACUUUCUUGCUGAGAACUAUUGGUUUCUCCAGGAGCCAGACGAUUAUGAUCGCUCAACAACCUACUAUAACCCCCAGUGGCUACUUCCACCGGGCACAGAAUUCGAUGCCUCACAAACUAGUCUGCCCAUCGACAGCCCAAUAGUCCUAAAGCUUCAACCUGCUACAAAAAGUCUCGUCAAUUCUGUCCUGGACUCUGCCACUGGACCAGUGUCGUUCAGCGAAGUCAAUGUGAGCAACAGAAUGGUGACGCAAUUGAAACCCCACCAAAGGAAAGCCCUGGCGAUGAUGGUAGAGAAAGAGGGUGGGAACAUAACAAACCCAGAAUUUCCGACAAUUUGGAGGGAGAUUCGUGACGGAAGAGGUAAUCCCAGGUUUCAAUGUACUGUGGAUGGGAGAUUUCAUCAAUCACGACCGUCACUGGCCCUUGGGGGCCUUCUUGCAGACGAUAUGGGUCUGGGGAAAAGCCUCACCACUCUAGCUUUGAUAGCGGGAUCGAUUGACAACGGCUCCUCUCCAGUAGAGACUGCUGAGAUCUUGGCAAAUGCGACAUUGAUAAUCACGCCAAAGUCUGUCCUUCCGAAUUGGGAGAAUGAAAUCCUCAGGCACUUCAAGCAAGACUCGAUCUCUUUCUUGACCUACCAUGGGACAUCCAGACAUGAGAAACUGGAAGGGCUGCGUCAAACAUGCGACAUAGUACUCACUACAUAUGAAACAGUGAGACAAGAUCAUCUGAGAGCGACCAAGUAUCGUCCAUCUGGGCCUCUCCAUCGUUACGAUUGGCGACGGAUUGUACUUGACGAAGCACACAUUAUUCGUAACCGGACUUCGAAACUGUUCCGAGCCGUGAAUACACUCAAAGCUCGGCACAGAUGGUGUCUUACUGGAACUCCGAUACAGAACAGCAUGGAAGACCUCGGAGCGCUUGUCGCGUUUCUUCGGAUCACUCCUUUCGAUGAGAAGCCCACAUUUGACAAGGUCCUGCCCAUACCACUGGACAUCGAUAAACCACAUGGUUGGGCAAGAGUCGACACGCUAAUCAAGGGCAUAUGUCUGAGGCGGACGAAAGCUGCUUGCGAAAGUGAACUGUGCCUUCCGUCCAAGAUCAUACAUGAUGUUCCAGUUGUUCUGAAUGAUCGAGAAGCUGCCAUGUACGACCUCGUCAAGAGAAGCUAUAUUCGCAGUAUCACUUGGGCCCCCUUCGACACAUCAUACUUCACCACCCUCUUGCGGCUUCGACAGAUCUGCAACCAUGGACUUGACUUGCUGCCUCGACCAAUCCAAGAAUGGCUGGGAAAUGCUGCGAGAUCCGCCGACACUCUGCCCCCUGACCUGCUCCAGAACCAGACUUGUGAAUUGUGUAAUAGCCCAAUCGAGGACAUCGGUGCACACGAUGGAGAUAUGUCGGUUGGGCUCUUACCAUGCUCACAUUCAGUCUGCGACAAAUGUCUCAGUGCGUCGACGAACACUGACUCACAUGGGCCUGUCUGUCCGAUUUGUUACGAUGACAGUCGGCCGGCCAAAGGGAGGAAUUCGCGCAUCAGCCGGCCUCGAGAAUAUCAUCCCUCGUCCAAAGUCAAAGCACUGCUGGGGCAUCUAGCUUCAACGCCGAAUGACGAAAGUGGCAAGCCAGUCAAGAGUCUGAUUUUCUCAAGCUGGACGAGAAUGCUUGACCUGCUUGAGAUAGCAUUGAGUGACCAAGGGCUAAAAUACCGACGAAUUGACGGCAGCAAAUCCCUAGUACAGAGGAAAGAAGCCCUCAACGACUUCCGAUAUGGCCCAUCCUGUCAUAUUCUCCUUGCUUCUCUAGGCAGCGCUGCUGUUGGACUCGACCUUACUGCUGCAAGCCACGUCCACUUGGUCGAAUUGGGCUGGAACCCGAUGCUGGAGCGUCAAGCUAUGGACCGAGUCCACAGGCUGGGCCAAGAAAAAGAAGUCACGAUAUUCCGGUAUAUUGUGGACAAGACUGAUUCUGUGGAGAGGGCACGUAAAAGCGUCAUAAGUCCAUAUGUGUACAGCGUUGACUGA